GCGGAGUGAGGCCAUCAAAAUUCAAAUUGAUUGACAGAAGGCAGGUUAGAACGUGCUAUGGAUGGUGUCCUUUGCACGAACUACUGUCCCAAGAAAGGUUUGGACUAAAUUACGCCUCGCGGCGAAGUCAUAGGAUGAAAGGGGAAAAUUAAUUCAACUUGUUUGAGACAAAAAAACGUGUUCAAGAGGAUUGUGAAGAUUCUGAGAACUUCUAUUCACGCAAUAUAACUACUUUUAAAAUGGUUCGGCUGAUAUUUCGUUGUCAAAACAUCAGCUUUGGAUUUGUUUUAGCGAUGGUUUUAUGUUUCGCUUUACCACAAACUGCACAAAUGGCAGACACCGUGCCCGGUGUGAGAAUCUACGAGAAAGGAGACGUAGUGAUCGGUGGUUUAUUCCCCGUUCACGUGCGUAGAAAAUUUCGAUCAAAGUUUCUGUCGUUAGCGGAAGCCAUGGUCUUCGCAAUUGAUCAAAUCAACAAGGAUUUGAAACUGCUACCAAAGAUUACACUGGGGUACGAUAUUUCUGACACGAAUUUACAAAAUCGUCAAGCUAUGAAAUCUACGUUGGAUUACGUGAAUGUUCAUAAAUUUUCUGUGAUAAAUCCUGCAUUAAAUGAAUCGUGUGCUAUUUUACCGCGGGGUCAACUUUACCCGGUGGCUUCAGUAGUGGGAACCGGAACAUCGCGAUCCUCCAUACUGGUAUCAAAUUUACUAGAGGUUGAAGACAUUCCGCUAAUAAGCUACGCUGCUACUAGCGACGAACUUAGCAGUAGCGCGUACCCUUCGUUUUUUCGUACUGUUCCUCCCGAUCGCUUCCAAUCGAAGGUUAUGACCGAUAUUGCAAAGUAUUUUAAUUGGACCUACGUAGCGGCGAUCGCCGCAGACGACGCGUACGGGAGAUCGGGGAUCGAAUUUUUCCGUAAGCAUUCAAAACCCCAAGGGAUAUGUAUUGCGUACGAUAACUAUUUUCCGGUUGGCGACCAAGGCAAGGAAAGAAUUCGGACGAUUGUCGAGGAACUUAUCGAGAGAGAAAAUGUUGGUGUGAUUAUCUUAUAUUGUGACAAAGAAUCUGCGUCAAUUGUGUUGGAAGAGGCACUGCGACAAGGACUUAAGGAUCGAAUCUGGAUCGCUAGCGAGGCUUGGGGUGAUAAUGAUGACGUUAUCCGAAAGAAAGAACUUCAACCAGUCUUAAAGGGGAUGCUUGGAGUUGUAUUCACGGAUAUUACUGUUCCUUCAUAUAAGCGGCAUUUAUUGUCACGCACGUCGCUUUAUAGAAACUCGCCAUGGUGGAAAACUUUCUGGGAAAGAGAGUAUAAUUGUACAUUUGGUGUUGUUUCAUCCGGAGGAAAGCAAUGCUCAGAUGAUCUGCAGGUAACUGAAAAAAUCUUCGAGGAUAGUUUGUCUGACAGCAAAGCAACCUAUGUCAUCAACGCUGUGUAUGCAAUCGCGCAUGCGUUAGACGCUAUCUAUAGGUGUAACUCCAAAUGUCCCCAAACAAAGCCUUUUGCCAGACCAAAGGAUGUUCUUGACUACCUAAAGAAAGUCAACUUCUCUAGUGAAGUCUCUAGAGUCUAUUUUGAUGAAAAUGGCGACUCAUCCGCGUCUUACAGUAUCAUCAAUUAUCGUGUGGAUGAAGAGAAAGGAGGUCGAGUUCUUAAAGUGGGGACCUGGGAAGAAGGCAAACUCAAGCUCAAUGCCAGCACCAUCGUCUGGAACGACGGGCUCACAGGAAACAUCCCGCGCUCGGUCUGCAGUGAGAGAUGCAAGCCAGGAUACCGACAGACGCAGGAGAUAAACUGCUGUUGGCAGUGCAUUCGGUGUUCUGAAAACACUGUUUCGUCUUCAUAUGGAGCCAUGAAUUGCACCAAGUGCGGGGAAGACCACAUCUCAAAUGAAGAUCGUACGAAGUGCGUACCAGUUCCUUUAGAGCGCAUCCAUUUUGGAGAACCUUUAGGCGCAGUCAUCACCGUUAUCUCGUGCUUAGGGAUGCUUGCUUCAUUAGCUGUCGGUGCUGUGCUUGGAUGGCGCAACAACACGCCAAUCGUCAAAGCAUCCAAUAGAGAACUCAGCUACCUAUUCCUCUUCAGCAUAGGGAUGAAUUAUUUAUGGGCGAUGGUAAAUCUUUCAGAACCCAACGAUGUGAUCUGCCCGUUAAUACAAGCUUGGUUCUAUAUUUUUUACACCGUCGCUAUUGUCGUACUUGGAGUCAAGACGAAGAGAAUUGUACAUUUGUUUGAGCAUCGUGUUCCUCGGUCGGCGCUUACCAAAAGAUUUAUCGAGAAACACAAGCAUAUUUUGAUAAUUAUCGGCAUUGUGGCUCUCGAUGUCCUGAUUCUUCUUAUAUGGUUCGUGGUUGACGUUCCCCACCCAUACGUCGACAAAUCAUUGCGAACGACUUUCGUUUACACCUGCUCAGAGACUACUAACACAGGGGGACUUUUCUGUCGGUAUCUUCUUAUCGCUAUUCUCGUUAUCAUGUCCUUUGUCUGCUGCUACUUUGCUUUCAAGUCCAGGAAACUCCCGCACAACUUUAACGAGGGGAAAUUCAUCGCAUUUGCACUUUACGUCCUGGUCAUCUCGUGGGUGACAUUUUACCCGGUUUAUUUGAACAUCCGCGGCAAAUACACUGUGAUAGUAUCGGGUACCUCAUCUAUCAUCUCCGCCACAGGAAUGCUAGUUUGCAUCUUUGUGCCAAAGAUUUACAUUAUCAUUUUCCAUCCCGAGAAAAAUACUGUGGCUUACAUGAAGAGCCAAAUUUCUAACCACACGUUCCGAAGGAGCACUGUCGAUGGAGAAUCCCGACAAAGAUCCUAUCAGCCGGAUGGCGGAAACACCGGAUCGGGGACAACCCCAAGAGAAAACGCAACCCAGCCGCGAUCUAGGGAUUCUCCGAAGCUAUCAAAGGAGGAAUCCAAGGGCAGUCACAGGUGCGUUACCAUGUUAUAGCUGGAAGAUUUAUUGCGCUUAGAAGGAAAAAACUAAAAAGACCUGCUAAAAACAGGAAUAGUUCUGGAGGCUGUGCGUUUUGUAGCCUUAAUAGUAGCCGCCUCCUCAGCUUGCUAAGCAUAGGAGACUUCCAAAACUUAAAGGAGCUGUGUCACGAAAUUCAGCCAAAUUAGGAAAUUACAAAAUUCCCGUUAAAUUAAGAGAAACAUAAAAAUAGCCGCUUAAAACUUUAAAUGAAGGUUAAAUCAACAUAACUGAAACAACAGACGCCACGGAUGGGCAAAACUGAAGAAGAUUGAAACUGAUUGAAAUUAGGGUUUUGAAAACUGUUCAACCUAACAGUUGAUCCCUGCUGCUUGCAACUUCAAAAAUAAUGUUCAGGACACAUAUUUGUUUGUCACGGAUCUCUGAUUUUGUCAUUGACAUAUAAUUUCUGUGCUUACUUUAAGUUCCAUAGCGAUUGAGGGCGAGUAAUUGGCAAAAUUAAACAAAAUGAACUGAACUGCCGUGACACAGCCCCUUUAAUAUUGCUAUCAGAAAUCUUAGACUCCUUGAUUGUUUGAAUGGAAGACGCGUCUUUUGUACUUUCAGCCAUUCAAGUUAGCUUACCUAUGCGCCUAACUUUACCGCGGUCAAACGAGAGAAAUAACUGAAAGCUAAACAAAGUACGUCAAAGAUAUUAUCAAUAUCCCGUCCGUUUACUAAAUGUUUUGAGAGUUUACUGAAAAAAGUUGUAAGUGUUAAACAUCGAAGUUGGUGUUAUGUCAGCGUCAUUUUCCAGCUGAUUUCACUCCAGCGAGGAGCGUCUUCAACGAUGAGAAGCUCGAUAUUUCGAGAAAAAUGAAAAGACAGUUAGGUUAACAAAAUAAUCUCGACUGCACUUUUUUUGCCCAGGCAUGUUUCUACACUUACUGGUAAAUGUAAUUCCACCAUUUUAAAACAAAAUACACCUUGAACGUUUGAUCGCUGUGGAGGUCCUAACUGAUAAUUGUCUUUUUUGCGACAGUCGACGAAGUCACUAAUCUUGUUGUACCCAGAUCCCCACGGCCAAGCGAGAGACAUUUAGUUACGAGAAUCAGAAGUCACAUAACGAAGACUGGAAGCUAAAAACAUUUUCGAUAACAUAAUUUUGAAGAACGCUCCAUCAUCGCUGACUAAGUAAAGUAAUUUUGGCCAAAUACAAGAAUCCAUUGUUACUACCGCAUCCUGGAACUCCCAUCCAUGUAUGAGUCCGUAUAUAUCGUUUGCGGCUAUGCAACUAUCUUUAAUCUGCAUUUACGGAAGUUAGUCCGCCGAAAUAUUCCAGGAAGACUUAACUUUGCUUUAACAUCUUCAAAAAUAUGUUAUCAAAUAUGUACCCAGGCCAUGGAAAUAAUAUUUUUAGUUUUAGAAAAACGUCUAUCUACUAAAACAGCUCAUUUACUAAACAAUUAGUCGUAGAUACACUGAUUGUGUGAAAUCGCGUUCUAUUAAAGCUUCCUCUUGAAAUCCCACCGAAAACUACUAUUGUAUCUCUUACGGAUACAACUCACAAAAACAAAAUUUCUUUUCAAUACUAGGGAGCUUAAGCAACAACCAACCUCGUUCCCAGGGUUCUCUCCUACCCGCCCUCUCUCGCUCCAGGGGGCGGGUAGGAGAGAACCCUGGAAACGAGGUUGAGCAACAACGACGGUGACAGCUACGAAAAAGUCACAUAAAAAGUGAAUUCGCGCUGCUUCAAACUUUAUCGCGCCUAUUCCAUCUCGUUCAAUUCGUCGAAUGUUGGCAAAUUUUUCUGGAGUUGAAUUCUAAAGGACUGUAUCGAAGUUCGGGGAAAAGAAAAAGAAAGUUGUCGUCUUGUGUCAACGUCCUCCACGAAAAAUGAAAUUAGGUAUUUUCAGAUCUUAGUCGUGCAGUGACGGCAAAGAAAUGUACAAAAAAUCGCGAUGCACGUGCACAGUUGUUGUUUUACUAAUCGAAACCUAUUGCUUUUUUGCCGUUCUCGUUGCCGUCGCCGUCGUCGUUGC